AUGGCGGACGCCGAGUGGGAGCCUUUCAAGCUCGAAAUUGAACGGCUCUACUGUCAUGAAAACAAGACACUACGUGAGUUGAUGCAAUAUAUGGCAUCCAAGCACGGUUUGGAAAAGUCUUUAGGGCAAUAUCAGAGGCAACUUAAAAAAUGGGAUUUCAGGAAAUCUCUUAAAUCGUCCUCUAUCGACUGGAAUUUCAUUGGCCUGCGAAUAGAGAAAAGAAAGCGACACCAGCACAAGGAUAGCGAGGUUCACGUCAAUGGGGUCCAGCUUCCCCCACAGAAGCUCAAGAGGGCUAAAUACAGGGAGGCUUAUAUAGCGAGUGAGGCGGUAUUCUCCGGUGAUCCAUCACCGGGUACACCUGAAGGAAUCAUCGUUUGCACCCCAGCAACACCGGGGAUGGAUAUUGAGUGGAACCUCUCGCUUCCUUGGUUGAGAUUCGCAAGGCUCUUGCGACCUGAAAUCGGAUUAGAUCCACCUUCUCCGUCGUCUUCGCUCACGGUACCUUCACCCCAAGAGCUCAAUACUUCCUCCCGAACCGUAAACCAGGAUUUUAUGCAACGCUUGGGCUCGAUUGUGCCGUGGAACAAACUCAGACAAUCUUCAAACAUACAUAGCAGCUCUCGUACAGCCACGGCUCUAAGGAUCCUGAUGCCUGAGGAAUUUGAAGGGCAACAUCUUGCUUUGUCAUUGGGCCUCAGCGAAUCCAAGCAAAUGGGAAGGGACCGGCUGAGUCUGGAGCUUUAUCUAUUAUCAAACAACCUUAUAUCACAUGGGCCUGGUGGGAGAUCCGAGGAGAGUACGGAAUCGGCUGAUCAACGGGUCAUGGAAAUCUUCAACGAGUCUGGAUGGAACAAUAGCAACCAUCUUCCAUUACUGAUAUCCAGCCAUGAACCGACAGCUGCAGCAAUAGCAGAGAAGAUAUUUGCAAGCGCCUUGAGAUUGCUCGACUUAAAAACCGUGAAAAGGAUGCUCGAAGCAAAGAUGGAUCCCAACACGGCAAUUGAAACCUGGGAUUUGCACGUGCUGACGCCGUUACAAUUUGCCUCUAGAACUUCCAAGAACAAGAGCAUGGAGCUUACACAACUUCUUUUAACCUAUGGUGCUGACGUGAGUCUCUCCUACAAUGGGCGCUCGCCUUUGAGUUAUGCUAUCGAGAAAGGACGGAAAGCUGGGAUUUAUUUGCUUUUGAGCCACGGAGCGAUAGUGACAUCGUCGUGUGUUUCCUACGCUCUUUUCUUCAAGAUCAAUGAUGACCUUGCAAGAGAGCUCAUAGAUGCCUGCUCCAACGUGAAUGAAGGAACUGGAUGGCAGGGCCGUAAUCUUCUUGCUGAAGCUGUGGAAUGUGACAAUGUUCCAUUAGCACGCCUAUUACUCGAGAAAGGUGUAGAAGUAAACGAGCUUUUCACCAUAUAUUUCGAUGAAACCUUCACAGACACCACAGUGUUAGGACUUGCAACCCGGUCGAAAAGUUGGGAGAUGAUGCAGCUAUUACUUGAGUUUUGUGAAAAUGUCAAUCCUAAUUUUAAUGGCCUGCCUUAUGUAUCGCCACUUGCGCUAGCUGUGGAGGCUGGGCAUAUCCAUAUGAGUGAAAUUUUACUGCGGGCAGGUGUCAGUGUUGAAUUUGCUGACGAUGCAGGUAAUGCGACAUUAAUCGAACGUGCUGUGAAGAAAAAGAAUCUGGGUUUAUGUCAGGUGUUAGUCAGCUAUGGUGCUCGGAUCAAUGUGACCUUGUCUGACACAGAGCAAAGAUCCUCCGCGCUCCUUGCAGCCAUAGAGUACAAAGCAUUCGAAAUUGUUGAUCUCUUGAUCAACGCUGGUGCACGGUUGAAUGAUGGUUACAGUAGACCUCCUGGUACUAUUCUUGGAGCAGCAAUCGAAUUGGGAGAUCGGUCGUUGAUCAGCAAGCUCUUAUCUGCAGGUGCCAAAGUACUGAAAUGGAGCCAGAUUAGGCGCAUUGGAAACCACGAUACGGCAGCUGCUCUCCAGAAGAUCGGGAGUUUUCAGAACAUUUUGCAAGCCUCUGGACAGCGAAUCUUGGCCGCAGCAUUGUUGACCGAAGACGAAAAUUUGACUCAAUACCUUCUAGAGCAUAAUGCUGAUCUGAAAGGGGGUGCGGAUGAACCUAGAAGUUCCAUGACUAGAAUGACGCCAUUAGAAGCGGCAAUACGGGCAAAUAAUAUAGGUUUUACUGAGGUUCUUUUGAAUCGUGGAGCUAUGGUCACAGAUGGCGAUAUUGCAGCGGCACUGGAUGCAAAAAGUGAAUGUCUCCCAAACCUACUCAGUAAAUUUCGCGGAAGCGCUCCAACAGCCGUAGGAACUGCGAUCUGUCAUGAGGAAUCUCUUGAAAUAUUUCGAGACGCCGGUGUGGAUCCUACUGGGGCUCCGAGAACGUUCAAAGACAGCUGGCAUAGGGGAUUUUAUACUGAUGAGUACGAGGAAGAUUCACUCUACUUUGAGCCUCUUGCAUCGGUCCUUGAGAUAGCUGUUUUAUUCAAGUCGCGUGAAUAUCUUCAAUUCCUUCUUCAUUGGGUAUAUUGGGAUAAGAUGCUAACAGGGCGUGCCCUGGCCAUUGCAACAUUUAUCGGACAAGAUGAGCUUGCCAAUGAACUUCUGGAGUUUGGCGCUGAUGGGAAGCAGGAGAUCACGGUGAAAACGAGAUUUUACGAGAAAGAUAAUCCGUACGAUGUUUUCACUCCUCUUCAGGCAGCGGUCAAGAAUCAAAUGUUUCCGAUAGCGGAGAAACUUGUUCGGUCUGUUGAUGUGAAUUACCUAGGUAUGGGCGCUCGUCGCCGUACUCCGUUGCAACAUGCAGUUGAGAAUGGAAACAUGGAUCUCAUCAACCUACUAUUACAGCAUGGGGCUAGUGUUGAUAGCCCUCCUGCGCAGGAUGGGGGUGCUACAGCUUUACAAAUUGCGGCGAUUCAAGGAUACAUUGGGAUUGCACGCAGAUUGAUUGACUUGGGCGCAAAUGUCAAUGAGCCCCCUGCCAUAUUUAACGGACGUACAGCUUUGCAGGGAGCGGCGGAACAUGGUCGAAUCGAUAUGUUGCAAAUGCUGCUCAAUGAAGGAGCAUUGGUCGUUGGCGAUGGAGAACAGAAUUAUCAACGGGCUAUACAACUUGGCGAGCGACGAGGGCAUGGCGCUGCUGUCCGACUGUUGAGGUCUUUCAGGGAAUCUGUCCAAUUGAGUACACCUGAGGCUUUUAACGGCCCUUUGGGAUCGGUAGUAACAUGA